AUGCAGAAAAUGAUAGAACAAGAAUUAUUGCAACAAGCAACCGAUAAAUGGGCAGAGAUUAAAAAUAAGGAUCCAAAUGAGCUCAUAAAAUCAUUAGAUAUUAUAUCUGAAUUGCUUUUACAUCCUAAAUUAACUUUAAAAAUUGCUGAAUCACUCAGACCAAUUCUAAUUGAUUUAGUUUCACGCUGGUCAUUACAACUAAAUAUUGAUAAUUACAAUAACACUAAAAGCAACCAAUUAUUUUCAAAUAAAGAAUACUUUUUGAGAAUUGAAAAGGUUGCUCUUGCUUUUACUCAAUUAUUACCAAUAACUCCCCAACUGUUGAGUAUUGCUAUUUCUUUUUUUUCUACAUCACCUUCCUUACUAGAAAGGUUGAAUUAUUUACAUGAGGAGAAUUCUUCAUCAAUAAAAGAUCUACAAUUAUUAUUAGUGACAAUAUAUCGACUUUUAAAGUUUUCCGUUAGUAGUUUUGUUCACCUGUGGAAUUGGACUCCGCUUUUUCAACUAUUAUUGCAUUCUGAUAACACUAUUCGUUACCUGACUAUUUUAUGUUUAAGUAUUGUUUAUAAUAUGAGUGUUACUCAACAAGAGAUUGCAUUAGAAUAUUGGACAUGUUCUUCUAAAUCCCAUCACAUCAUCAAUUACUUGGAAUUGGAAAAUGGUGAAAUCAUAGAUGUUAGAAUGUUGAGAUUAUUUGAUGAGAUUUCUAAUGCUAAAAAGCAACAUUCUCUGCUACUCGAUUGUGAAAAUAAUAAUAAUAAUGUAUUUUCAAUAUCAUCAAGUUACUUGAAUAAUUCUGAUUUAUCUCCAGCUACCAUCAAUAUUUGUGACACAACAAAACUUAAUCUACAUUCAAUAUGUUUAGCACUUUCUAUGAAUUCGCCAAUUUUACUUGAAGGAGUAACCGGAUCUGGUAAAACUACUUUGGUCGAAGAGCUUGCAUAUUUAACUGGACAUGGUGAAGAUCUUAUAAAAAUACAUUUAGGCGAUCAAACUGAUUCAAAAGUCCUGCUAGGGACUUAUGUUUCUACUUCAACGCCUGCUUCAUUCCGCUGGCAACCUGGAGUUCUAACUACUGCUGUAUCUAAAGGUCGUUGGGUUUUAAUCGAAGAUAUUGAUUUUGCUCCAAAUGAUGUCAUUUCUGUUAUAUUACCUCUGCUUGAAACAAGGCAACUUUUUAUUCCCAAUAGAGGUGAAAAAAUAAAGGCUCAUCCAAAUUUUCAUUUAUUUGCUACUAAAAGUCAGAUUCCUGUUGGAAUGAAAAAAUCUUCAAAUUCUAUCAAUUCAAAUAUUGAAACUAACUUGUGGACAAGAAUUACCAUAAAUCCUUUAACUUCAAAUGAACUCAAAUACGUUAUAAAGAAUCAAUUUUUUAAAAAUCUUGACAAUCAAAAUAUUAUCGAAAUUCUUCAUUCUUUAAUAACCUAUUAUCAAAACUCAUCACCAGCAUCACCAAUAAUAUCACAAACGGAUACAUCUGAUCUUCAAGCGGAAUCACCGCCACCACCGCCACCAAAAUUGAUCUCAUUCACUUCAAAUUUUGCUCGAUAUAUUUCUAUCCGUGACCUGAUGAAAUGGUGUCGUAGGAGUGAGCUACUUUUGAGAUCAAAAACCAUUUUUUCAACCAACCAACCAAUCUCAUAUACGCAUUAUGACAUCAAUGACAUUAGAAAUGAUUUAUUCAGUGAGGCUGCUGAUUGUUUUUGCGCCAUGAUUUCUGAUUUUGAUGCUUGGAUAAAUUCUUUACUGAAACUUGGCGAUGUGUUGGGUAUUACUGCAGAAAGAGUACAUUAUUAUGUGAACUCUUAUGUUCCCAAUCUUUAUAUUACCAAUGACCAUAUCAUAAUAGGGAGAGCCAAAUUAAUUUCUCUGGAUAGCAAAAAGGAAAAAUAUUUAAAAUAUGCUAUCAACCAUAAAAAUAUUUUUGCUAAUACUGGACAUUCUUUAAGAUUAAUGGAACAAAUAGCUGUUUGUGUAAAUUUAAAAGAACCAGUAUUGCUGGUUGGUGAAACUGGCACCGGAAAAACUACUGUUAUUCAGCAUUUGGCUGAUAUGCUUAAUCAAAAUCUUGUUGUAGUUAACUUAUCUCAACAGACAGACAGUAGUGAUUUGCUUGGUGGCUUCAAACCUGUCGAUGUGAAAAUUCUUGCCAUACCAUUAAAAGAUGAAUUUGACAAGUUGUUUGAGAAAACCUUUUCGAUUAAAAGGAAUCCGCAUUUUUUAGAAGCUGUACGUAAAGUAUUUACAUCAAAGAAAUACACAAAUUUUGUUGAAGGCUCUUUGGUCAAAGCUGUGAAAAAUGGCGAUUGGAUUCUUUUGGAUGAGGUUAAUUUGGCUUCUACCGAAACAUUAGAAUGUUUAAGUGGUCUGCUUCAAGAUUCAAACAGUUCUAUACUAUUAACCGAAAAAGGUGAUUCCGAACCUAUAAAAAGACAUCCUAAUUUUCGAGUCUUCGCUUGUAUGAAUCCUGCUACAGAUGUUGGUAAACGUGAUCUACCACCAGGCCUCAGGAAUAGAUUCACCGAGUUUUACGUUCACCCAAUAGACAACAGAUUUGAUGACUUGAUGAUUAUUGUAAAACAAUAUUUAUCCGAUUAUAUAACCAGUAAGGAUGAACGAAUUUUUAAUGAUAUAGUUGAAUUUUAUAUUGCCGUCAAAGAUUUGGAAAAUCAACAUAAAAUUGUCGACGGUGCUAACCAGCGUCCACAUUUCAGCAUGAGAACUUUGACAAGAGCUCUAAGGUAUGUCACACAGAUUAUUCAAACUUAUGGUUUAAGACGGUCGAUAUAUGAAGGCUUUUGUAUGACCUUUUUGACACAACUGAAUGGUGAAAGUGUAGUAGUUUUGGAAGGCUUAAUUGAAAAAUAUUUAUUGAAAGAUGUUCAAAAUCCAAAGUCACUAAUAAAACAAAUACCCAAACAACCAUCGUCAGAUAAUAAUUAUGUUCUAUUUGGAUGUUUUUGGCUUUCGCUCGGAAAUUACCCACCAGAAGAAAUGCCUCAUUACAUAUUGACACCUUCCAUCAAAAGAAGCCUAAAUAAUCUCGCAAGAGUAUUAAUGAGCAAAAAAUUUCCUGUUUUGCUUCAAGGACCAACCUCUGCCGGUAAAACCAGCAUGAUACAAUAUUUGGCUAAAUGCACUGGGCAUCGAUUUGUUAGGAUAAAUAAUCAUGAACAUACAGAUCUUCAGGAAUAUUUGGGAACUUAUGUUUCAAAUUCGGAAGGGAAACUUGAAUUUCAGGAAGGUAUUCUCGUCGAAGCUUUAAAAAAUGGAUAUUGGAUUGUUCUGGACGAAUUAAAUUUGGCACCAACGGAUGUCAUGGAGGCACUUAAUAGACUUUUAGAUGAUAACCGAGAACUUUUAAUACCUGAAACCAACGAAAUAGUCAAGCCACACAAAGAUUUUAUGUUGUUUGCUACCCAGAAUCCACCAGGACUUUACGGUGGCAGAAAAAUUUUGUCCCGGGCUUUUCGUAAUAGGUUUAUGGAACUUCAUUUCGAUGAUAUUCCAGAAGGUGAGUUGGAAACUAUUUUGUCGGAAAGAUGUAGCAUUGCUCCAUCUUAUUGCAAAAAAUUAGUUAUGGUAUACAAACAACUGAUUGAGAGACGACAAGGAACAAGGAUAUUUGAACAAAAACACGGUUAUAUUACUUUGAGAGAUUUAUUUCGUUGGGCUGAAAGAUGUGCAAUUGGAUAUCAAGAACUAGCCGAGCAAGGCUAUAUGCUUCUUGCCGAGAGAAUAAGAAUACCUGAAGAAAAGGCAAUUGUUAAGCAAGUUUUGGAAACAGUAAUGAAAGUCAAGAUUGACGAGAAUCAAAUGUACAAUUGUUCUAAAUUGGACGAGUUUCAGAAAUUUAAUUUGAUUCAAAACACUAGUGACCGCAUCAAUAACAAUGAUAUGAUGGUAUGGACAAAAGCCAUGAAAAGAUUAUUUACUUUGGUUGCUAAUUGUUUAAAAUUUAACGAACCUGUUUUAUUAGUUGGCGAAACUGGAUGUGGUAAGACUACAAUAUGUCAAGUUUUGGCGGAAAUAUAUGGUUCCCAAAUUCAUAUUGUUAAUUGUCAUCAUAGCACUGAAACUGCUGAUUUGCUCGGUGGUCAACGACCCUUGAGAAAUAAGGGAAUUUUGAGUGCUGAGCUUAAAAAUGAUUUGUCGGAAUAUUUGUUAAAAUAUGCUUUAGAGAACAAUAUAGAUUUGAAAAAAAUGGAAUUGAAAAAUUUGAUUGAACUUUUUGAAAUUUGUUAUUCAGUUAGCUUGCUAAAGCUACGUUGUAAGCAAUUGAAUACUUUAUUUGAAUGGCAUGAUGGACCCUUGAUUCAAGCAAUGAAAAAUGGGGAAUUCUUUUUGUUAGAUGAAAUUUCUUUGGCCGAUGAUUCUGUUAUUGAACGUCUUAAUAGUGUUCUUGAGCCAAGUAGGAUUUUAGUUUUACCAGAAAAAGGAGGAGAACAAAUUGAAGAGUUAGUAGCAAAACCUGGUUUUCAAUUUUUAGCCACUAUGAAUCCAGGCGGUGAUUAUGGUAAAAAAGAAUUAUCACCUGCUUUAAGAAAUCGGUUCACGGAAAUCUGGGUACCUUCAGUAAUCGAUAACGAAGAUUUAAUUCAAAUAAUCGAUUCAAAGUUGAAUCAUAACAAUAGCUUAAAAGGUUACGCGCAACGUAUAUUGAAUUUUGUUGAUUGGUUAAAACAUUCCUUGGGCUCCAAUUUAAUUACUACAAGUUUGAGAGAUAUUUUAACAUGGGUAUUGUUUAUGAAUAGCACCGUGGAAUCAAUUGGGGCAGAAAGAAGUUUCAUCCAUGGGGGAUUCCUUGUUUUCAUAGAUGGGCUUGGUUCAAAUUCCACUUCUGGAUCAUUUUCAUCUGGACUAAACUUAAAAGACUUUCGCGUAAAAUGCCUAAAAAAAUUAGUCGAACUGAUUGAUGAUCCUGAAUUUUCUAAUAUUUACUUUAAUAAUGAUUUUAUUGAUGCUAAAAAAUUAAGUUCUACUGAAAAUGUUUUUGGAAUUCAUCCAUUUUUUAUUCCUAAAGGUUCUCUUGACACUCGACCGAUUUCUUUUACUCUUCAAGCUUCUACAACCAUGAAUAAUACAUUAAGAAUUCUGAGAGCAAUGCAAGCUAAAAAACCUAUUUUAUUGGAGGGUAGUCCAGGUGUAGGCAAAACUAGUUUAGUUUCAGCAUUAGCGGCAGCAACGGGCCACAAAUUGAUCCGUAUUAAUUUGUCUGAUCAAACUGAUUUAAUGGAUCUGUUCGGCUCUGAUCUUCCGGUUGAAGGUGGAGAUAAUUGCGAAUUUGCUUGGCGUGAUGCGCCUUUUCUACAGGCAAUGAAAACUGGAGAUUGGAUAUUAUUGGAUGAGUUGAAUUUGGCUUCUCAAUCGGUGCUGGAAGGUCUUAAUUCCUGUUUAGAUCAUCGUGGCACAGUCUACAUACCUGAAUUGGAUAAAGAAUUUUCUUGCUCUCGCGAAUUUCGUGUGUUUGCGGCACAAAAUCCUUUUCAUCAAGGGGGUGGUCGAAAAGGUCUCCCAAAGUCUUUUACCAAUCGUUUCACUCAAGUUUACAUUGAACACCUGACAAAAGAUGAUAUGCUUUUUAUUUCUAAAUACCUUUUUCCAAGAAUCAACUGCAAAACUUUGGAAAAGAUUAUUGAUUUUAAUAAUAGGGUCUAUCAAGAUUCAAUGAUAGAAUGUGUAUUUGGUCGAAAUGGAAGCCCGUGGGAAUUUAAUCUUAGAGAUGUUUUUCGUUGGUUAGACUUGUUGAAUAAAGACCAAGGAUUUGGAUAUAACUCUGAACCAGAAGAUUACUUGGAUCUUUUAUACCUUCAAAAAAUGAGAACCAAGGAAGAUAGAGAUCAUAUUAUUUUGAUUUUUAAUGAAAUCUUCGAUAAAAAUAUCAAACAUCCAAGGCGUCCAUAUUACCAUAUUGAUUCAAAAUUUUUUCAAGUUGGUCAUUCAAUCUUGAAACGUCGAUGCUUUAUCUCAAAUACAAAAUUUCUAGAAAUUCCAUUGCAUAUUUUUCAAUCUCAAAUGAGACCUUUUCAAGCAUUGAUGAAAUGUGUUGAAAUGAAUUGGAUGGUGAUAUUGACUGGACCCGAGUCUUCUGGUAAAACUAGUCUGAUUAGAUUGUUAGCAGAUCUUACAGGUAACACACUUGAAGAAUUCACAAUGAAUAGUUCGGUGGACACUGCGGAAUUAUUAGGUGGAUUUGAACAAUUGGACUUAGCGAGACAUCGACUUUUAGCAAUGGAACAAUUAAAUUCCAUAUGUAAUGAAAUUAUCAAAUGUAUUUUGACAUUAUGUCAAACUAAUACCAGCAAUGUUGGGAAUGACAAGUUGAUUCAAAUAAUCCAGAAACUUAAUGACAUGAUAUUCACGCUUGAAAGUAAUUACAAAUUUAAUACUGGAAUAAGCCAAAAAAAUUCUAGUCCUGCUCUUUCCAAAAGACAUAUAGAUUACACAAUAGUUGAUCAAUUAAUCGAAUCUAUAAGAAAGGCAACCGCUGACCUUCAUUAUUUAUCUUCAACGUAUCCUAUUGAUUUUCAACACAUGCUGGAUUCAAUACAGACACAGAUCGACAAAAUUAAAACAUUGGAAAGCGAAACUGUGAAAGGUCAUUUUGAGUGGAUUGAUGGAAUACUUAUUAAUGCGCUUGAGAAAGGGCACUGGCUUUUAAUUGAUAAUGCCAAUGUUUGUAGUCCAUCAGUUUUGGAUAGAUUAAAUUCGUUGCUUGAACCAAAUGGCGUGAUAGUUUUGAAUGAACGUGGAUUGAUAGAUGGAGAGGUUAAAGUUUACAAACCACAUAAAGAUUUUAGAAUUUUUAUGACUGUAAAUCCUAGAAAUGGUGAGUUGUCUCAAGCAAUGAGAAAUCGUGGAGUUGAAAUAUCGCUUUUGGGAUCAGAAUUCAUUGAAAACAAACAAGAUCUAAUAAAAUUAUUUAACGGUUAUGGCCUUCGAUCUGACAAUCUUAUUUUAUUUAUCGAUAAAUAUUUACAAAGUAUGAAAGAAAAAUCAAGUGCUACUACUAGUUUGCUGAAAAAUAAUCUUGGUUCUUAUAUGGCAUUAACAAAUUUCAUAUUGGAAAGGCUUCAAAGAGGAGAAAAUUUUUCAUCAGCUUUAAAAAAUACUUUUGAUCAAUUUGGCGUCAUUAUUGACGAAAAAGACUUUAAUGAGAUUCUAUCAAUUUCACAUUACAUUAACAACGAAAAAUCAAUAUUGUCUGAAACUGGUUAUUUAUCAAGUUAUCCAUUAUUUGUCGGUGGUGGUUUAUUAAAAGAAGAACCAUCUUUGGCCAUGAUUUGUAUCCAAGGAUCUUAUCUAUUGCAUCAACUAUGUAAACAAGAACUUUUAACUGCUGAUGUUGUUGGAUUAUCACAAAAGUUACUAGUAGCCUGUGACUAUUUUGUUGAACAUUUUUCCAUGGAAGAUGUUUCAUUAAGAUUAUGUUGGCUUGAUUUUAUUUUAUCCAUGUUCAAGUCCACGGAUCUUUUUGAGUUAAUUUCUACUCACAUAGAAUAUGUGAAAUUUAUGAUCCAUAGCCUUGUAAAUCAUUCUCGUACUCCUAUAUUGAUUGAUUUUAAAAACCAAUUAUCAAAUCUUAUAAAGGUUGAUCAAACUAAUCUUACAACAACAACACAUCACAAUUAUGCAAAUUCUGAAAUGAUUUUAAAUGUCUGGGAAGAAUAUUCAUCAAAUAUCAAAUCAUUGUCCUUAUCUAAACGUGUUAAUCAGGAAGAAUUUCUCGAAAAUAUCGUAUAUAAAAAUGCAUCAAAAAUUAAAGUUUCAAAUAUGUCAUUAGCUCAACAAUCAUAUUGUUAUAACCAAGGCAAUAUCGGAGAAACGCAAAUUUGUCAUAAGAUUAUUUCAUUCAUAUAUCCUAUUUUACAACAGCUUAAAAAUGUUGUAAAAUCCAGGAUUGAAAAUGGCAAUUGUGGUGAAUUGGAAAUUUCAGCAAUUAAUGAUUUGUUGGAUAUGCGUGAUUUUCUAUGGGAGUAUUUAAGCGCACAGGUUCUUGAUCUAGGGAAAUUUCAUAUUUAUAUUAAAAUGAUAUACAAAGCUGUUGAAAAUUUUCAAGAUAAAGUUGAUAACGCACAACAUCUAAUAGAUAUUCUUGAUCGUAUUAUUAAAGAUGAAACUCUGAAAACAGGGAUGUUUAUGAGUACUAUUUGGCAUAGAUUUCAUCAUAUCACAUUUUCAAAAAUUGAAUUAUUUCAGUUGGAACAAGAAUUAAUCAAGAUUGGAAAAGAAUUUGAAAUCAAUUCAAAUGUGAUGCAGAAAAUUGAUAGUCAACCUAUAGUAAAUUUAUCAUUUCAAGACCAAAAAACAAAUCAGAUGAAUAGUAUUAUUGAUUAUUCAUCAAUGAUUCAAGAAAUGCAAAUUCUACAAAUGCUUCAAUUUGCUACUUCUGAAAAAACUUAUUUGAAUAAUGAUAAAUUUUGUGAAAUUCUUAUAAAGAUAGGGGAAUUUUGUGACUAUUUUAUAAAAAAUGGAACAAGGCCUCCAUUAGAUUUUGCUUCUCAUCAACAGAUAAUAUGGAUUUAUGGAAAAGGUUCUAAUGGUUAG